AUGGUGAAGACAAAGACUACACCUCGGAAAGAGCAAAGGUGUCCUAUGUGUGCCUUCACGUGCGGUGACAUGGAGAAGAUGAAGGAACAUUUUGUCAAUUGUGGUUUGCGGGAAAUGGAGAAGAAGUCCUACACCUGUGAAAUGUGUCAGUUCGCUACCACUACUGCUAGUAAUCUUGUCCGACAUGGAAAGAGAAAGCAUAGCACGGAACAGUCAGAAAAACCGGGAUCUUCUGCUGAAGUGGGCAGCCAGCAGGCUGAUAAGGAUGAAGGGGAUUCGUGGAGAGACACUGACCCUGGUGAUCUUGCGAGCAUCAUUGGCCAUGUGUCGGACUCCGACGACGAUGACGACAAUGGUGAUGACCACUCUGUUGAUGAGGAACCUAAUCUGACAGCCGUUCCCGAUCCUGCAGUAAGGAAACCAACACGGCCAGAACAAGUGUUCACUCCGAAACAAGUGUCAGCGAAGUUAAGCCCAAAGGAUCUUAGGAACUGCAUUCCACAGAAAGUCCCUCGAAUUAAUAGACCUCCAGCAAAUGUCCACCAAGCUCCUAAGGCUGUAAUGACAGUGGCAAGAAGCGUAUCGUCACAAACAACGCCAGUGGUACAGAGACGUGUUGUAUGGAAAACAACAAAGUACACUGAAGGAGAUAGGCAGAUAGAAAUUGUUGAGAUGGAGGAGACGGAGUCGUUUUGUGGUGUAUGUGGUGCGAAAAACUGA